CUCCGCAUCCUACGAAGAUGCAACAUCUUCCUCACCGACGCUACGACGAACCACCGUAUCCCUCAACUACAGCAAGCUUAUGACAUUCUCGCUGCUCGGCCAACCGAUGAGCGGACCCUCCUGCAAGCAUGUCAGACCCUUGAUGUCGACCUCAUUUCCCUCGACCUGACCCAACGAUUUGAGAAACACUUCAAGUACAAAAUGCUGUCCGCAGCAAUAGCGCGCGGAAUUAAGAUUGAACUGUGCUACAGUCCGGGGCUAUUCGCUAGCAAUCCAGCAGCGAAGACGAAUCUAGUCGGCAAUGUGGUUCAGCUCAUCAGGGUCACCCGAGGACGAGGGCUAAUAUUCAGCUCUGAGGCGAGGAACGUACUGGGGAUCCGCGCACCAAGCGAUGUUAUCAAUCUAGCUUCAAUCUGGGGGCUAGGCCAAGAGAGGGGCAAAGACGGCCUGACAAAAGAGGCCAGGAGCGUGGUCGAAUUUGCGCGGUUGAAGCGGACUAGCUUUAGAGGGGCCGUCAACGUCAUAUACGGAGGCCAGCAGCCUGUAUCCGAGGCAGCCGUGGGAAAGAGCAAGAAUAACCAGAAAGGUCUGGGUAAAGACCAGCGGGCGAAUGCAGAAGCCCAGAAGAAACGGAAGGCCGAGAGUCUAGAGGGCACUCCGGUGAACCAGUCUGGAGAAGACCAGCCCGGAGAAGAUCAGCCCAUGUCCAAAAGGGCGAUGAAGAGAGCUAAAAAGGCUAUGCUUCAGGUUGGCCAGAAGAGCAGUGCUGAGGCCGGCACGACAGAAGCGGAGAAUAUACCCAUCAUGCAGAAAUAG